AUGGAAGAGCAAAUUCUAAUUAAGAAGAGAAGCCAUAUAAAGGCCGAAUUAACCAGGUUCAUUAACUUUCUAAAUGAAUGUAGCAACAAUGAAGAAAAAAAGCAAGAAACAGCAACGCGAUUAGGAAAUAUUGAAACAUUAUGGAGGGAAUUUGACGCUGUGCAAACAGAAUUAGAGGAUAAUAAAGAGACGGAGCUUCAGAGUGGAGAACGUGACUCUUUUGAAAACAAAUUUUAUCAAGCCGUUACUAGAGCAAAAAAUAUAAUCUCCGCGUCACGGAUAGAUAUUGCGCAACCGGAACAAAGAAUUGCAAAUCAGCCUAUUAACAUAAUACAACCAAUUAAAAUGCGCUUGCCUACCAUCGACAUCCCCAAAUUCGAUGGCGGAUGGGAAAAAUGGCUGCCAUUUCGCGAUACGUUUAUCUCUAUGGUGCAUGAGAAUGCAAUGCUUUCUGCAAUUGAUAAAUUGCAUUAUCUGAGAUGGUCAUUAAUUGGGGAUGCAUAUAAACUCGUAGAGUCAUUAGAAGUAUCAGGUAAUAACUACCAAAUAGCAUGGGAUAUUAUCAACAAAAGAUACAAGGGCAAUAAAACAAUCAUUCAACAUCAGGCAUUAACGCGUACUAAUUCGUUAAGUAUAUCAAAAAAUGUACAAGGACAUUCAAAACAGCAGGCAGCUAAGCACAUUAGUCCGGUACAAGCUCAUGCUGGUACAGAAACAACAACGUGUCCAGUAUGUCAAAACAGCCACAAAAUAUUUGAAUGCUUGAUAUUUCGCAAUAUAAAGUGUGGCAAACGCCACAACGCGUUGCUACACAUAGAGCAAGCUGCUGAUUCGAAUGUCACCUCAUCAAAAAAUGAAAAGGAUAGUAUAAGCAAGCAUAGCGUUCCAAAUUCAACGGAAUCGAAUAGUAACUGCGAUGUAGCUGACAAGAAUAUAGUUCAAAGCGCGAGCAACUCUUUAUCUGCGUAUCAUAUGAGAGGCUCACUUUUACGCGUCUUGUUGUCGACAGCCGUAGUUCACAUGCGCGAUCAAUCUGGAAAAUUACAUGAAUGUAGAGCCUUAUUAGACUCAGGAUCACAACCUAACUUUAUGUCACGGGAGUUGUGCGGGCGUCUGGGCUUGCCUUUACAGAGCACAGUCAUCAAAAUUGAAGGACUUAACGAUGCUACAUCCGCUUCUCAGCAUAAAACUACCGCUACGAUAUAUUCCAGGUUCAACAAAUAUCAAGAGACAUUAUCAUUCUUAAUUCUGGACAAGGUCACUAACGCCAUGCCAGCAACGCAGAUAGAUGUCAACUAUUUUCAAAUUCCAUCAAAUAUCAAAUUGACAGAUCCUGCUUUUUACCUACCUGGAAAAAUCGAUUUACUCCUGAGCUCAGAGGUAUUCUGGAGUUUGCUAUGCGUGGGCCAGAUACGAUUAGAUAGGUCGAGGCCCAUAUUUCAAAAAACGAAGCUCGGGUGGAUAAUAUCGGGUACGGCCAGCGUCGUUUCUCAGCCGCAGUCCCAGCUACAAUGUCAUUUGGCACAACAAGAGGUACAAAAGCAACUGGAAAAAUUUUGGCGUCUUGAAGAGCUACACACGAAGAAACACUUAACCUCCGAAGAACAGAAAUGCGAGGAGCAAUUCAGCAGAACACACUCUCGCUUGAGUGACGGAAGAUUCAUAGUUCAACUCUCCUUGAAGGAUAAUUACACGCAACUAGGCAGUUCCUAUGACAAUGCCAAACAUCGACUAGGUACUAUGGAAAGAAAGCUAGCAAGGCAACCUGAAUUAAAAUUACAGUACGACGCAUUCAUGAAAGAAUAUUUAGAACUUGAUCACAUGAGACCUAUCUCGAGCUCAACGGACAACGUUUUGGAGACUAAAGGCAGCGGUGUAACAUACUGCCUACCGCAUCAUGCGGUCAUCAAGGUCGACAGUGAAACUACACGUCUACGAAUAGUCUUCGACGCAUCGGCGAAGACGAGCUCAGGGCUUUCCCUUAACGAUGUACAAAUGACAGGUCCUACAAUACAACAAGAUCUGUUUAGCAUACUAAUGCGAUUUCGUCAAUACGUAUACGCACUCGUCGCUGACGUGUCUAAAAUGUAUCGCCAGGUCAGAGUACAGCAAGACCAGUGCAGAUUGCAACGCAUCUUAUGGCGAUUCAAGCCAGAAGAGGAAAUACAAACAUAUGAGCUCCAAACAGUCACUUAUGGAGAGGCUUGUUCUGCUUUUUUGGCCAUUCGCGCUCUUCAUCAGACGGCCCUAGACAUGCAGCAUAAAUUUCCAAGGGCCUCAGAAAUCAUCCUGCGUGAUUUUUAUGUGGAUGACCUAUUAACAAGAGACAACGACGUUAACAACUUAUUGCAAUCGAAAGAACAAAUAGUUACCGUACUGCAAACCGCCAAAUUUGAGCUCCAUAAAUGGAAGUCGAACCAUGUUGCACUAAUGGGCGUAGAGCAAAAUAAAACAGCGGUACAAUUGGGCGAAGGCACAAAAAUUCUCGGUCAGUUGUGGGAUAUCCAACAUGAUGUAUUCCGCUACACCGUAGGAACAUUCAGAGAACCGCAUAGGCCAACGAAAAGACAAAUAUUAUCCUGCAUCUCUCAAAUAUUUGAUCCUCUUGGCCUCUUGGGCCCUGUCAUCAUCAAGGCCAAGGUGAUAAUGCAGCAACUAUGGCAAUUGCAAUUGAAUUGGGACGAGUCGCUGCCAGCUCAACUUUACACACAAUGGAGCCGAUGGUAUUCCAAAAUCUCACAGCUUAAUUACUUACAGAUACCUAGGCGCAUCCUAUGCAACGAGCCCAUGGAAAUAGAGCUGCACGGAUUUUGUGACGCUUCCGAGCGAGCAUACGGUGCCUGCAUCUACGUCAGGAGCACCGAUCCAAUGCAACGUCAUCACGUCCAGUUACUCUGCGCUAAGUCACGCGUAGCACCACUAAAAACCAUAACGAUACCAAGACUGGAGCUUUGCGGAGUCUUGCUGCUGUCUCAGCUGUAUCAGCGGGCAAGCGAGUCGCUGAGUCUAUCCUUUAACCGCAUUCAUUUUUGGUGCGAUUCCACUAUAGCACUGUCCUGGAUCGCGGGAAAUUCGAGCAGAUGGUCCACGUUCGUCGCAAAUCGCACGGUAAAAAUCCAAAGGUUGUCAGCGAGAGGAGAAUGGCACCACGUACCCUCGGAAUUAAACCCGGCAGACAUACUCUCGCGAGGAAUUGAGCCAGACGAAAUUCGAGAUAACAACUUAUGGUGGAACGGACCUUUCUUUACGAAGACUACAGCAAAAUGUUGGAUAACUCUCCCGAGAUAUCGCAAAUUGAAGAACUUCCCGAGAAGGCUCAGGCACACGGUUGCUUACUGUAUACGCUUCAUAUACAACGCUAGACAAAAUGCAAAGGGUCCCAAGGGUAAACGCGAAGGAUCCUUGCAGGUGGAAGAGCAUGCGAGUCCUUAUCGCUAUAGCACAGAAGGAAGAGUGCGCUGA